CCGGAGCGGCGCGCCGGGCGGGUCGGCUCCCGGGCUCCGGGCCCCCCGCCGCCAUGCCGAGCCCCCGGAGGAACGCGGACGCCCGCCCGCUGGCCGCCGCCGCCUCGAGCAGCAGCAGCAGCAGCAGCCCCGGCAGCCCGGCCCGCGGCGGCGGCGGCGGCGGCGGCGGCGGCGGCAGGUUCGAGUUCCAGUCCCUGCUCGGCGGCCGCGCGCCCGGCGCCGACCCCACCUGCGCCCGGCUCCGCGCGCCCGAGAGCCCGGUGCACCGGCGCGGCUCCUUCCCGCUGGCCGGGGCCGGCCCGUCGCAGGCGCCCGCGGCCGCGGCCGCGCUGCCCGAGGAGGACCGCAUGGACCUGAACCCGUCCUUCCUGGGCAUCGCCCUGCGCUCCCUGCUGGCCAUCGACCUGUGGCUGUCCAAGAAGCUGGGCGUGUGCGCGGGGGAGAGCUCGUCCUGGGGUAGCGUGCGGCCCCUCAUGAAGCUGCUGGAGAUCUCGGGACACGGCAUCCCCUGGCUGCUGGGGACCCUCUACUGCCUGCUCAGGAGCGACAGCUGGGCCGGGCGCGAGGUGCUCACGAACCUGCUCUUCGCCCUGCUGUUGGACCUGCUGCUGGUGGCCCUGAUCAAGGGGCUGGUGCGCAGGCGCCGCCCCGCUCACAAUCAGAUGGACAUGUUCGUCACCCUGUCGGUGGACAAGUACUCCUUCCCCUCGGGCCACGCCACCAGGGCCGCCCUGGUGUCUCGGUUCAUCUUGAACCACUUGGUGCUGGCCAUUCCGCUGAGGGUGCUUGUGGUACUGUGGGCCUUCGUCGUGGGCUUCUCCAGGGUGAUGCUGGGGCGGCACAACGUCACUGACGUGGCGUUUGGCUUUUUUCUGGGCUACGCGCAGUACAGCAUCGUGGACUACUGCUGGCUUUCGCCGCACAACGCCCGGGUCCUCUUCCUACUGUGGAACCAACAAUGACACCACCUCGUCCUCUGUCCUCUAUGGCACCAGGCGAUCAGCAGGUUCCCGCAUGCGAUGACACCUACGACGUCAGCCAGCAGCGAUCCUGCUUGUCCCUCUAAGGACAUUUCAGGCUUCCUUUGGGAUUUCAGGUGUCAUUCCAUCUUGGGGGGUUGCUAGGCUGGAGAACGUCCUGGCCAUUGUGACCACAGCCAUAUUACAGGAAGAAAAAAAAGAAAGAAAGAAAGAAAAAAGAAAAGAAAAGAAAAGAAAUCCCUCUAUUAUAUAUUCAUUCAACCGCUGUUUAUAUCUCCAGGACAACUGCAAAGAAAACAAGCUGGGGUGAUGAUAAUCCUGCUGUUCGUUUUUUUUUUAAAGUUGACAAAAGUAAAUUUUGUGUUUUGUAGUAAUCCUGUAAGUCAACAUAUCACUUGUAAAGUGAACUUCAAAAAAAAAAACCAACACGAUCUUCAUUCUGUAAAUAUACAUGCAGAUGAGCCACCUACUCAUCCUAGUUCUUUUCCUGAGGUAAAUUUUAAACAGUAUAUUAAGACAUAGGUUUUUUUUUUUUUUCUCAUGUAUUUCCUGAAAAUCUGCUGCCACGGGUGUCUUCUUAAUCCUUAUUUUCUUGAUAAGCUUUCUUAGUAUAUUCUCUUCCAUCUUUAUGGGAUGGGUAGUGAGAAGAGAUUAUAGUGCAUAUCUUGGUUUCUUUUCCCUCUACCUCCUCAAAAACUCUCUAAAUAGAUCUUUAUUUCCCAUUACUCUCUAAUACUAUCUUUUUGCAUUCAGAGAACAAGCCAAGAACUUACUUGAAGAAGAAACACUUAAUGGUGGGCAUGUCUACAAUGCCCACAGAAAAGGAAGGAUGGGACUAUGAUCGAAUGCUUAAUUCUGUUGACAAAGAGCGUGGUGUGAAAGCUAACUGAGGACGUCAGGACCUAAUCGUCUGGGGGUAGGCCUACCACGUAUUAUGUCAGUGGACCAGUAUGGCAGGAGAUGGGGCUGUGUUGCCCAUCAUCUCUACUGAACAAAGAAUUAUGCUCCUCUGCUGAGGUAAUAGGAAAAUAACUUGAUUCUUUGCAGUGCAAGGGCAUAAACUUUCUCAUAUGUACCACAAGGAUGACACUGUAUAGCUUUUCAUAUGGAAUUCCAUUUCCCCAUAUAUAGCAUAGUUUUGGUAACAAUAUUUAACUUGAAAUUCACCAGGGGAGCCCACUGUUACACCAGGCACAAGGGAUAACUAACUCCUAAACGUCCCUUUACAUUGACCUUUACAUUCAAAGCAGUUUAUCCACGGCACCUCCCCAAAUCACAAGACCAAAGACGACCAAAUGCAAGAUGGACUCUGCUCAUUAUUCUUUGAGCAGGAAAACCAAGCAGUGUGUGUGCUUUAAAUGCUGUUCUGCCUGAAAAUAAGAAUCUUUGAAUUACCUAUGGAACUGGUGUUUUCAGAUAGUGGUGAAUUAUUUUGACAUUUAUAAAGAGAAAGGAUUUUUGGCCUUGGAUGUGUCACAUAGAAUGGUGUGAUGAAUAAGCUCUGACUGGGGAGAAGUAUGAAUUUUCUGAGCGUGAGAGGCACAUUGAAAGAGGAACAGCUACUCCUCAAAGUCAAACAAAAUCAUCUGUACUCCCACAACAUCCUGAACAGACUACCUCUUCUCUCCCUGAAUCAGCCAAACUGUAAAGCUUUGAGUGAUUUGCUUUAUUGUUUAAUCUUAGAUCUUUUAUUUUAAUCCAGCAAUAUUCAGGCCAGAUCUUUUGGAAAGCAGUGAUGUUUCCUUCUGCAGUGUUCACAAGUCUGAAUAUUGGGGGCUCAAAAUUAGUUUUAUCUUCUGGUCCCUGAUUAUACUUCUGGAAUUCCUAAAAGUUUGCAGGCUUUUAAAGCACAGAUCAAUUCAGCUGAUGUUUCUGAAGCACUCUAACUACUAUAGAGUAGAAAAUGAUUUUACUGUCAAUUGUACACUGAGGAAUGCCUUUUGAAAAUUAAAAUAAAAAUAACCAAUAACAUUGAA